ACGGCGCUUAAGUCACAACUGUCAGCACUUCCACACUGUCGUGCACGCUUCGAGCAGGAUAAAGCUGCAGUCGCACGUCUUGGAAGCAAGAGUCUGCAGAUCUCUGCAAGCACCUUUCAGUGUCCGAAAAGUUCCCUUGCGCUGCCCGUCAUAAUGCAUUGGACUUCAGCUCUCCUCGCGCAGGUACUCCUGGUUUCCAUGGUUUCCAUGACCCUCGGCGGCGGUCAGUUUGGAUUUGGCAGCGGAUUCGGCAGCGGAUUUGGCGGUGGAGUUGGUGGCGCCUUUGGCACUUCCUACGGCGCCACAUUCGCGCAGCAAGGACAGUAUUACCCACCGCAACCGUACAGUUUCGGCUACAACAACGUCGACCAGUACGGCACCAGGUCCUACCGCAAUGAACAGGGUGACGCCUCCAACACCAAGACGGGAAUGUACGGCUACUCAGACGCCAACGGCAUCUACCGCCAGGUAAAGUACAUCGCUGAUGCUGGCGGAUUCCGCGCAAAGAUUGACACCAACGAGCCCGGAACAGCCCCUGGAGCGAGUGCCGACGCGGUCUACAAUGCGAAGCCUCUACCCGCUGGACCGCAGUACCGAAUCAUUGGUGGAUCUUCCGCCUUCUCCUCUCCCUACACGAGCGCCUCCACUUCAGGCUUUGGUUACGGCGGUCCUUGGUCUGGAUAAUCAAGUGCGUGACAAGGGGUGUUUGUUGAAUAUUCGACCCCGCUUCUGACAAUGUUGCCAUGUCGAAGGAACAGGCUAGCCGAGCUUUGUCAGAAGCCGUGGCGUUUCUUAUGAACUCUACAGUUACGACUGUAUACAUGUAGGUUAACGAAUCUUAACCGCGAAUAAAAGUCUGCUUCAGAGAUC